UGUCAACUGUCACUGUUCGUCAUCAACGAUUUGUCACUACUUUAUCAGUUGAUUGUGUAUCUCAUUUUGAGCUAAAAAUAUAUGGAAAAACCCUUGCUUUGUCGAAAGUAAUAUAUACAAAAGAUACAGAAAAGAUAGUAGAAGCCUAAACAAUGUCUAAGUUCGAGGAUAAUCCGUUUGGGGACCCUACCAUAGACAACCCAUUUGCCGACCCUGCCGUCCAGCAAGUUGCGAGAAGUACGAACAAUGCGACACAAGGUCUCGACGAUUACAAUCCCUUCGAUGGGCAGCCUAGUCCAAAUCAACCCACGGCCCAACAACCACCACAGCCAGCGAUCAUGCAGGCAGUGUCACCGCCCACAAACACACAGUUUGUUGGAGGUGGCAACCGGCCAUCGCAACAGCAGCCACAAGGGCCGCCCAAUAAUAACCUCACUGCUGACCUUUUGAGGCGGCAAGAAGAAUUAGAACGUAAAGCGGAGGAGCUGGCCAGGCGCGAGGCGGAGCUCCGGGCCGGGUCCGCCGGCAGACGGAACAACUGGCCGCCAUUACCCGGCUUCUGUCCCGUACAACCGUGCUUCUACCAGGACAUUAAUGUGGACAUACCGCUCGAGUUCCAGAGGAUCGUGCGGCACCUGUAUCACCUGUGGAUGUUCCACGCGCUGAUCCUCGCCCUGAACAUCCUUGGGGCGAUGUGUCUCAUGUUCGCCGGCGAAGGCUUCACGGUCUUCGGUCUGGCCAUCCUCUACUUCGUGCUGCUGACUCCCUUCAGCUUCGUCUGCUGGUACCGGCCCAUCUACAAGGCGUUCAGGAGCGACUCCUCCUUCAACUUUAUGGUGUACUUCUUCAUAUUCCUGUUCCAAAUCAUCAUUGCUGUGGUGCAGAGUGUUGGUUUCAAUGGAAGUGGUUAUUGCGGUUUGAUCACCAGCAUCGCCAUAUUCCAGACGAACAUCGGGGUCGGUAUCAUCACCAUACUGAUCACCAUCGGUUUCAUCACCAGCGCCGUGGCCGAUGUCAUGCUCAUGGCUAAGGUGCACCGCAUAUACCGGUCGACGGGCGCGUCGCUCGCCAAGGCGCAGACGGAGUUCACGACGGAGAUCCUCCGCAACCCGCACGUGCAGACCGCCGCCUCCAGCGCGGCCGCCGCCGCCGUCAACGCGCAGAUCGCGCAGGCCAACCGCUACUAGCCGAAGUGAAACAGACGGACCGCUCCAAACGUGCAUUUAGAAAUACGCAAAGUACACCGGAAAUGAACUAAUGGUAAUUCACUUUUCUCUUUGUUCACGAAACGUGUAAACAUUAAUGAUCGUGUUCAUAUUUUUCGUGGGCUUUUUCGUCGUAUUUAUUGUUGUAUGUUACGUCACCAUGCAGAAACAUGUUCGAAGAGCUAAAUGUUGAGGUAAAGGUACUGACGAGCCUUCCAACAGUCCAAAUAGCGUGGCUGCAAUCCAAAAUCGGUCCGUGAAUGUCAAAAACGUAUAAUGUUUAAUAUUAGGAUGCCGUCCAUUUGGAUGGAUCCAUUGUAACGGCAUCCAUUUGGAAGGCUCGUCAGUGGCCUGCUUUAGAUUAAUCCGAGUAAUUGUGACUAUGGGGCAAAUUUAACAAAUCGAAAAUGCAAUAAUAAAGGUUUCAAUGCAAUUGCCAAUACCGCAAUCCGUUACUUGUAUUUCUAGUGCAGUGGUUCCAAAGCGUCAAAGUUGUACUCGAUUCAGGAAAUGAUGCGUUGAAACUACUCAUUUACUACUUUUGGACAGUCGGCUGCAGAAAAGGUACCCCCCUGCAUAUAAAUUUGUAUGCAAAGAUGCUGACUGUACAUAUAUAUGUAUAAUCGAUGUAUAUUUGCUGGCCGAUCAUAUCUCUGCUUGGUAUAUUCGCGAUCUAAUUGUUGUAUUAAAAUAAUUUCAAUGAUCAAAUAUUGCGGCAUCCAGAAAUCUAGUAAUAUGUAAAUUUUCCGACAGCAAACUGUUUUGUUUGAUUAUUAAUCGCUGUUGCGGUCAGUGGACAGCCAAAUUGACAAGAGGGCUGUGUGUGUAAUCGUAAUGUCGAUAAUUAUUACUUAUUUAUGACUUACAAAGAUAAUUUUCUAAUAGAAUAAUGGGCUGCUUGCAAAAGUAGUGUAACACAAAAAGUUGAAUUUUUAGUUCGUAUUUUGUCUAGGUUAUAAAGUACAACAUUACUUUUAGUAUCGUCCAAAAUAAUUCAUAAGUGUAAAGAGCUGAUCACAAAAUAAAUGAUAGCUUUUAAUUUACCUUUUGUAUUACCAGAGAGAAUAGAGUAUAUAGAGAGUUACUGUCAUGGUAAAUAAUGUAGCCACAGUACAUUUACUGCCAUCUUUCGGCAGAAGAUUAAAACUUUUAGAACGCCAUUUGACUUUAAUCCUUAUUUUUCCACAUAGGCCAAAGGUUAUGGCGCCAUCGCUCGAAAAGAUUGCAACAUACCUUUGGCUUACUGUCGAGUAGAUGGCGUUAAUUUCAAUAUUUAUUUAACAAUUAACACAUAUCAGUGAAAUAAUAAGGAUCAAAGUCAAAUGGCGUUCUAACAGUUUUAAUCUUCUAUCGAAAGAUGGCAGUAAAUUUACAGUGGCUACAUAAUUUACUUUGACAAUCCGCCUCUUUUUCAAAUUCUCUUCGGUAUUACCAGAGAUAUAUAUAACUCCGUAUAAGAUAAAUAAAGUCUAAGAAAAAAACGUGCCUCGGAUGUCAAGCAAAAGUCACUGUCGAAUAGAUGGCGCCAUACACCUUUGGCCUAUUGUCGUUUAGAUGGCGUUGGCGACACCGUUUGAUAUUUAACAAUUUUAACACGUAUCAGUGAAAGAACAUGGGUCAUUGUGGAACAAUAAAAAUUAAUAAUCAUAUAUCCGUAAACAUAUUUUAAUUCAUUUAUACAUUUUCAAUUUUAUUUUAAGUUUUAAUCGUGUGUCGAUAGAUGGCAGUAAAUGUACCGUGACUACAAAAUUUACUUUGACAGGACCCCUCUAUACUAUCUAUUCUUUUUGGUAUUACUAUACUGUCAUACACUUAGCGAAGAUUGAUGAAACAAUAAAAAUUGUGUUACGCUGCUUUUCAACGUCACUUUGUUUUGAGUAUAUCGUAUUAUAUUUUAGUGUUAAGCAUCGCCAAUAAAAUUAAAUUAUUAAGUUGAUUGCUAAUUUUAUAAACAUUUUAAAUAAUGUGAGCUUAAUGAUGCUUUAAUGUUCUACAAAGUAAUUGAAAUUAUGUUUUACGUGGGGUCGCGGUGGCUCUUAUACUUAAAGACCUGGCCGCGUAGCCAAGAUGCCAGUCGCUUACGCCCCGUAGCGAUCGAAACGCAACUGUCACUGUCGCACUAAUAUGGAAGAGUGAUAGAGAGACAUAAAGCUUUUCGUUGUCGAAGCGAUAGCGAUUGUAACCUUGGCUAGGACGGCUGUUUGAUUUUCUCUACUUAUGUUACUAUAAGCCUCAGAAAAUGAUUUUCAAUGCGGUGAAAAGUUUUUUUAUAAAUAUAGGUCAGCCGGGGCAGAAGUGACUAAGAAAAUUGGGAAAGUAAAUACUCUCUUCCUUAUCAUUUAAAAAUGCCACGUGAUUUUUUUGCCCCGACUAUUAUUUUAUGGAAUUAUUAAGUUCAUCAAAGUGCGAUUUGAGUAUUUAUGUCAAUUAUUUUUUUACUUGCGCACUUUUUGAGCUGAGCCUUAUUAGAUUUUAUUACGUUAUAGAAUGCCCUUGUAACCUAGUAAUAUGUAAGAUAAAGGGGUGUUCACAUUAGUUUAUGCUUUAUCAUUUGUAUCCACAGAUAUUUUUGGCAAUUAUGUGAACAUUCCAAAGCGAACUGUCUAAACUAAAUGUAAAUAUUUUCUAUCUUUAAUUUAUAUAUGCCCAUGUUAAUUAGGACUACAUAUAGCACUUGCUGUUUAUUAGUAAUAAUGGUUGAAUACCAUUCUGUGUGGAUUUGGUAGGUUUGAACUGAUUAAUGUAAAUCAUUCGGUUUAGCCUAGUUUUGAUAUAGUAAUAAUAUAUAAAGAAAGUUAAAGGGCAAUUCGCAAUCUGUUUUUUUAACUGACAUUUCAAACCGCUAAAUCUUAAGUACACUAAAUUUUGCAAAUCUAAAAUUGGGGAACCGUGAAUCACUAUAUCAUAGGAAGCUAUCGAAUUGACAUAGUCAUAUAUAAUAUCGAUUAAAACUUUCAUACUUUUUAUUAGUUACACCUGUAUUUUGGAUUAUAGUUGCCCCAGUUUUCAGACCCCUUUUUUGUAAACUAGCUAUAAGUAUAGCGUCCUAAACUAACCCAAUAAUAACUUUUAUUACAAGUAGUAAAAAAUAUACUAUUACCCAUUUACCCAUAUUCAUUGGCGUAUAUCUCAGGACUGGCCAUACGGGCAAUAAGAAUGGGGCCAGUAGAGCGGUGUGACACCGCUACAACGCGAUUGGUUGAUGAGUUCGUAUCACGCGCCCGAAUGGUCGCGACUAGUUGCGUUAGACUGCACGAUUGGCUCGAAUUCGAGAGUGACACCGCUUUAAAAGUACCAUUUUUAGUGCCCGUAAGGCCCGUCCUGAGAUACACGUCAAUGCCCAUAAUGACAAUCGGCCUUAAUACCCAUGUUCCGAAUAGAUUUCAUGGUAGCACAAGACAUCAUAAAGAUAUUGUUGUAAAAAGAAAUAGCUUAGGAGUUUUCUUUUAAUACUAGUCACCUGACUACACAAUAGAUGCAAUAACACACCUAGGGCAGUAAAUUAAAUAGUAACUUCGGCAAGCGUAUGUCCAGAGGUUUUCUUUUUGACCGACGGUGUGUUCCUACAGAAUUUUGUCCCCUUGUGGCUGUACUGUAGAGGGUCAUAAUGGUUGCCUCGUAACCGCACCGGUAUGUGACCGAGACAACGCUAUCUACAAAUAUAACGAUGUCCCACUCACGCCGCACCUAAUGUGAAGACCGCCUUACGGCCCUAGGUAAUGUAAAAGUUAUACUUAUGAACAGUUUUCCUGUAUCAGUGCAGUAAUGUCCCGACGUUACUUGUUGAUAUUAAAUUAAAUUAGUUUCAGCGAAAACCUACAGCCACUAUAAGACUGGCGUAAUCUAAUGGGGGCUUGUUAAAUAUGUAUGUCUAUACCAUGUUGAUAGAUUACCUUCUACCUUGUAUAAAUAUUCAUGUAAGUCAGGGCAUUACUGCGGGCAUGUAUCCUGGGCCUAGAAUGUAAAUUAUUGUAACCGUCCUACCCAGAAGAAGGCGGGUUUAUCUGAACGUUUAACUGUUUUGUAACUUAAGUCAUGUUAUAUACUUAUGAUUAAUAAAUAUAGUUUCAAUUA